AUGGCUCUUGUGGAGUUAAGUUGUUUAUUCACUAGGAGAAGUCAUAUAGUUUCUGAUAAUAAACAUGCUUUGUAUUACCCUGCAAUUCUGCAUAGAGAAGCGAUAAUCCUGGAGCACGAAGAAAAGGUCAACAAAUAUCAGGCUGUGCUUGCAGCAUAUCUGAAGGACAAAUACUCUAUCAAGGCUUCUGAUAAAGGAGGUAGGAGCCUUCGGCCCCAUUGCACAGCCGUGCCGCAGUCCAGGUCCAGACUUCCUCAGGCCAACAACUCAGAAGCAAAAGACGUUGUCCAUGAAGAGAAUCAGUUUAUUACAGAAGCGGAAGACCUGGAUCAUGAAGAGAAGGUCAACAAAUACCAGGGUAUGCUUGCAGCACGUUUGAAGGCCAAAUACUUUUCUGGCGAGGCUUUUGAUAAAGAAUUGACAGGAGACAUGUUUGAAGAAAUUACUAUCCAGUCUGAGACCAUCAGAAUGAGCAGGUUGCCGCUCACAAGUUUAUUUGCAGACCCAGCAAAAUUUUUCUUAGAGAAGAGGGGCACCUAGAAGACAAUAUCUCCAUCUUUCACAGCUGCAUCCUCUGCCGAGUGCAGUUCUCUAUCUGUUGCUGGUGAAACCUCUAAGAAAUAGGCAGUUCAUUUUGCUGCAUGAAACUCCUGGCAAGUGGCCACUACCCGUGAAGAACACCUUAUGAGAUUACAAUUGGGCAGUUAAUAACUACUAAGUUUUACA